AUGGAUACUUUAACAACCAUAGAUUUUAACCAGCACGUUAUUGUACGGUUGCCGUCAAAGAAUUAUAAAGUAGUAGAAUUGAAGCCUAACACCUCUAUAUCAUUGGGAAAAUUUGGCGCUUUCGAAGUAAACGACAUAAUUGGCUAUCCAUUCGGUUUGACUUUUGAAAUAUAUUAUGAUAAUGAAGAGACUUCAUCCGAUGACAGUAAAGAUUCCAAACAAAAGAAUAAAAUUCCUAUCGGGAAAGUCAAGUUAUUAUCCCAGGAGAUUAAAGAUGACAAUAAUGAUAAAAGUGAUGGUCAAAGCGAAAUUCCGUUAGCUAUCAAAAAAAUUCCUACUUCUGUUGAAUUAUCUAGCGUUGACAGCAGUGCUACGAAUCAGAAUUUGGUGAAUAUGGGAAGCAAAGCUCAAGAGUUGACCAUUGAAGAAAUCGAAAAAAUGAAACAAGAAUCGUUAUCUAGCAAAGAAAUAAUUGAUAAAAUCAUUAAGUCUCAUAAAAGUUUCCAUAACAAAACUGCAUAUUCUCAAGAAAAAUAUGUCAAUCGGAAGAAACAAAAGUUUGCAAAGUACUUCACUGUUGAAUAUUUGAGUAGCUCUAACCUCUUACAGUUCUUAAUUGAUAAAGGCGAUAUACAAAGAGUAUUGGACAUGUCUCAAGAAUCAAUGGGGAUGUUGUUAAAUCUUGCAAAUAUUCAGCCCAAUGGGAACUAUCUCUGUAUGGAUGAAACGGGCGGUUUAUUAGUAUACUUUCUGUUGGAAAGAAUGUUUGGCGGCGAUAAUGAAAGCAAAUCGAACGGCAAAGUCAUUGUUAUUCAUGAAAAUGAGCAUGCCAACUUGGAUCUAUUGAAAUUUGCUAAUUAUUCUGAAAAGUUCAUCAAAGAGCAUGUGCACACCGUUUCUCUAUUAGAUUUUUUCGAGCCACCUACGCUAGAGGAGAUUCAAGAAAGAUUUACACCGUUACCUAAGGAAGAGGCUCGUGCAUUAAAAGGUGGCAAGAAAAACUCAUAUUACCGGAGACUGAGGUGGUAUAAUACACAAUUGCAGGUUCUAGAAUUAACAGGAAACUUUCUAUAUGAUGGUCUUGUAGUGGCAACUACACUACAUUUGCCAACAGUGGUACCGAAGCUGGCUGAAAAGGUUCAUGGUUCAAGACCAAUUGUAUGUUAUGGUCAAUUCAAAGAAACUUUGCUAGAAUUGGCGCAUACUUUGUAUUCAGAUCUAAGGUUUUUAGCACCCUCCAUUUUGGAGACCAGAUGUAGACCUUACCAAAGUGUUAGAGGAAAGCUUCAUCCUCUGAUGACCAUGAAAGGUGGCGGUGGCUAUCUAAUGUGGUGCCACAGAGUUAUACCUGCCCCUGAACCUGCAUUGGAAACGGUGACCGAAGUCGAAUCUAGUGACACAGUUAUUGAGCACGAUGCUAAGAAACAAAAAAUAUAG